AAUUCUGUAGUUCCAACCGUAACGAAAACUUGUUUCCCCAUAUUUGGUACUAAAUAACAAAAAAAACACACGUGUCACUUUAUGAACCUCAAUUAGUAAUUAAAUUUCCCUAAAUAUAUUUCAAAAACGUGUGCGAAAAUGGAAGAUUGUGGAUGUGAAGUUCGAUUAAUUAAUGAAAUCAAAGGAAGAGGUUUAAUAGCAACAAAACAAUUUAAGCAAGGUGAUGUUUUAUUUUCGGAAAAACCACUUGUUUCCUGUCAAUUUCCAUGGAAUGAAGCGUACGGAUAUUUGGCAUGCCAUCAUUGUAUGAGCCCGCUUGAAAACGUUUUACAAUGUGCAGCCCGAUUAUCCAAUAAUCCUGCUAUUGAAUUAGCUUUUACGGAAUUGGAUCAACCGCCAACAAUUUAUCCAUGCAGCAUGUGUGGUGUUAAAUAUUGCAGUACAGAAUGUCAAGUGGAGUCAUAUAAUCAAUAUCAUCGAACUAUGUGUUUGGGUACGACUGAAAUCGUUGAAGAACAUCCCUUAAAUAUACUGGUUGAAGCUUGGAAAAAAUUUCAUUACCCACCAGAAACGUGUAGCAUUUUAUUACUGGUUCGAAUAGUUGCAACCAUUCAACAAUCCGACAAUUCAGACGCAACUUUAAACGAAUUUAUGCAAUUUUGUCAUCGUGUGACAAACGAUAAAGAUCGAAUAGUUCACAAAUUACUUGGUCAACAGUUCGAACAACAAAUCGAACAAAUGCGUUUAUUAUUUAUCAAUGCAAUAUCCACCGAAAAAGUCGAUCAUUGGUGUACACCAGAAGGUUUUCGAUCUUUGUUCGCCUUACUAGGAACAAAUUGUCAAGGAAUUGGUACAAAUGCGGUAACCCGAUGGUAUAAUCGUGUUCAAGACUUUUUAAAAACGAAUACAACAAUUUCGGAAGAGGAAAAAGAUCGAUUUGAGACAAGUAUCGAUAAAUUAUAUUACGAAGAUUUUGAGAAUGCAACUGGAUCCGAUUUUUUGGAUAAUGAAGGAUCUGGUUUAUUUAAAAAACAAAGUUUAAUUAAUCAUAGCUGUACACCAAAUGCUGAAGUUUGUUUUCUAAACGAUAAUUUUCAAUUAUCAAUUCGAGCAUUAAAAGAUAUCGAAUGUGAGGAGGAAAUUUGUAUUAGUUAUUUACCGCCAUGUCAAUUAGAGGAUUCGGAUCGAGAAGAACGUCAAGAAACUUUAUCCGAAAAUUAUUUAUUUAUUUGUCGAUGUUCGAGAUGUGAAACUGAAAAUGAUGUUAUGGAAGAAUAAACAAUUUUGAAAAAGU